GUCGGUGGUUAGCAUUUUCUCGAACCUCUAACACAAUCGUCAAUCCUGCCCAUCGACAUCCUUUUCAUCAGUCUUUCGGUGUGACCUUUAGAGUCACAUUUCCUCGCAGCAACUACUCCAAGAAUUCACUGUGGAUUUAAACUGUUCCAGCUACAAGUCAACUACGCCUUUACCCCUCAGCCGGAUACCGUUUUAGAAUGCACCUGUACGAGAACGCUGACCGCUCGGUCUACGCCUGGAACGCUGUGGACGGGGAGAUUGACGGUCGACUGCAGCACGGCUUCGUCGUCGGCCUGGAAGAGAACGGCAUCACUCCACCGCGGCUGAUCGUCGAUUUCGGAUGCCCGACACAGGAGGCGAUGCCGGUGGAAUACGGGAAGAUCUGGGAUUGCUCCACGUAUCGACCUACGCGGGCGCGCGAGGGUGCCGCUGUGGAGGCACUGCUCCACGACGGCGCGGAUCGUCCGUGGAAAUGGUACCCCGCGAAAAUGCUGAUUCCGAAGUUCAAGCACCUGGAUAAUGUGGCGCUGGUGGAGGUGGUGACUGGCGGGCAGACUCGUCGGGAAAUGCUUCCCCGCCGACAGAUUCGCAAUCGAUCCGGAAUAGCCGCCAAAAAAGAUCUCCUUCCCGUCGGCCAUUUUAUUUUGCAGACAUGCCAUGUGCCCAAUGGCUACUGGACCAGGCCGUUCCCUGAAACGACGUUGUUGCUUCGAGAAGUUGAGCGGAAGUUCAAAGUGCGACUUAUCAAGGUUUUCAGUCAGCAGAUACUCUUUGUGGGGCGAUGCCAGGAGGCGCCUUUGCAAGAUGAAGAUGUAGCACGUGUCUUCGAAAAAGGCAAGCAGGAUUCUGCCUUUUACGAAUUGUUGCACAAGAGCACCGAAGAGUCGGAUGAUGGUGAGCCAAAGCGGAAAAAGCCGCUGAAUGUCGGUGGGCGCGGUUUACCGAUGGAUUCGCGAGUGUUGAAGGAGGUCUUCCACUCCGUGGACACCGUCGAACGCCAGCGCUGUCGCCGCACCUGUCAACUGUGGGAGACCAUACUUACAUCGGCGGAGCUGUGCAGCGACUUGCGUGUUACGCGUCAGAAACCUAGCUCGACACCGCAAGCAGUGAAAUGGGACUGCAAUUACGCCUUGUACGCCUGUAUCUUCAAGUUCAUCACACCCGCCACCCGCACCAUCUGCAUUCGCGAUACGGAACCGCGCUUCCUCGACAUGUCAAACCUGCACGGGCGCAGUGACGCCCUUGGCUUUAUUAAGAAGAUUCUGGAGGAUGCCGGCAGCCGUAUCGACCGUUUCAUCGUGCACCAGCGAUCCAUCACGAUCGCCCAGCCAGAACAUUCUGUCUUCUGGGAUUUCGGCGUGCUGUUCGCCGAGAUGACCGCGCACACGUCCCAGCUCGUGUCGUGCUGCGAGCGUAUGGUGUGGAAGGAUUACGCCCUCACGCUGCUAGGCACGGAAACCGCACCCGCCAUGGAGUUCCGCAUUCCGGCUGCGGUCCUCAUCGGUGGACGGGUGGAUGAGGCGUACUUGGUGGAUCUCUUUGAGAAGCAUCUACUCUGGGAGGGACCACCGUUGCUCGGGCAGUUCUUGUACAUUAAUCAGGGCAUGACGAGUCGUAUCGCCGGCGGAGCCUGGGCCACGAAAGUUCUGCAGAUUCUCCAGGACUACCAGUCCGCCGAUCCGCGUCCUUCGGCACACUAUCCCGAACGCCAGUGGAGCCUGGACGACAUACUCGGGUUGGACCUGAACAAACUGAACCGAUUCUGCCUGCGGGCCCUGUCGCACUACAUGUCCGCUCUUCGCGGAUGACGACCGAGCACGCGCAAGGCGAACCAGCGACUCCUGCAGCGAAUCCGAGUCUGACUAAUUUAAAGGCUUAGUGUGCAAUUUAAAAAAAUUUCUGUGAGUUUUGGGUUAAUAACGGUGUGCCGUGAAACCUUGGCCGCUUUAUCAGUUCACUGAGUCAAGGACAUGACUGAGCUUGAAUGCAUUCCUGAUUUUUUCAACAGGUAACCCUGUCCGUUAAAGUUUAUAUUAGGAAGCCUGGCUAUC